AUGUGCGUGGACUACACUAAUCUUAAUCGGCCCUGCCCGAAGGAUAGCUUUCCUUUACCCCGCAUUGACCAGCUGGUGGACCCCACAGCUGGCCACGCCCUCCUUAGCUUCAUGGAUGCUUACUCUGGGUACAACCAGAUCUUCAUGCACCCUGAUGACCAAGCCCACACCUCAUUCAUUACAGAUCGUGGUCUGUACUGCUACAAGGUGAUGCCCUUCAGGCUCAAGAAUGCUGGGGCUACUUAUCAGCGCCUGGUGAACAGCCUUUUCGCCCCAAUGAUUGGCAAUACCAUGAAGGUUUAUGUUGAUGACAUGUUUGUCAAGAGUCGCACUGCUGACCAGCACAUCCCUAACAUCUUUGCCAUGCAAAUCCUUGGCUUCAUGAUCAGCCAGAGAGGUAUUGAGGCCAAUAUAGAGAAGAUCCAGGCCAUCUUAGACAUAACGAUAACCAAGACGGUCAAGGACAUUCAGAGCCUUAUGGGCAUGUCGCAGCCUUGA